ACAGCCGGACCGCACAGUGAGCGGUGCGAAGAGUAAGGGAUAAGAGUGAGAAGAAAGGGAAAAGGAACAAAAAGAAAGAAGGAGAGCAGGGGACUGCGCGGCCCUCUGUACUAAUGGACCAUAAGGAUAUUUAACCGCUUGCCCUGGGAGCGCACAGACACCGCAGUCCAUGCCUCUCCCUUGCCAGGUCAUUGAUGGGAAAUCAACUGGAUCGGAUCACCCACCUCAACUACAGCGAACUGCCCACGGGGGAUCCGUCCGGGCUGGAGAAGGACGAGCUUCGAGUCGGCGUCGCCUACUUCUUCUCUGACGAAGAGGAGGAGGUGGACGACCGCACUCCGUCUGACUGCGGAUUCACCAAGGACCACAGCCCGACCGAGGAAGGACCCUUAUCGGUCAGCGAGGUGGAGUACUCGGCUUUCUGCUCCCAGGAAUGCAUCUUCUCCAAGCUGCGGGAGAACGAGGACUUGAAUGUGUACUCGGCCAAAACUUUGCUGACUAUGUGCAAACCGGGGGACCUGCUGGAGCUGGUGGCCACCGCGCAAGCCCCCCACUGGGUCAUCUUCGAGCAGGACGACCAAAUCAUUCAUCUGCACAAGGGCGAAAUCCGCAAAGACAGCCUGCUUGAGAUCAGCAACGGCCGCCACGGGAGAAUAGUCAAUAAUCGUUACCGCUAUCGGCCGCUACCCCCUGACCUAGUGAUGCAGAACGCAGCGGGACACGUGGGCCUGAACAGCGAGGAGAUAUGCUGGACCAACUCGGAAAGUUUCGCUGCCUGGUGCCGCUUUGGGAAACGGGAGUUCAAAGCCGGGGGAGAAGCGCACUCAGCGGAGCAGCAGUACUUCCUCAAAGUGCAUCUGUCCGGCAGCGAGGUGCACACUCUGGUCUUUCGCAGCCUGGAGGACAUGAUCCGGGAGAGAAGGCGAGUAGACGCCAGUGGAAUUCUCAAAGAGCUCUCUCUGGUUAACGGGGGCAAGGAGUGAUCAGGGAUUCCGUUUGAUAUCGUCUCCUCCACCCGCCCUCCCUGCCUCCUCUUUGCCAAAGCGCACGGACGCACACUUUUGCGCACACAAUAACGUACUCGCACACAAGCACACGGACGCACACGCACACGUGCAAGGACCUGUUGGUGUUGGACUGUCUGUUUGUCACGGAUGGGGCCUGGGUUUUAUUUCUUUUCUUUUCUUUUUUUCUGGACCAAAGGCGCCCUGUGGAAUUUCCAUCAAAAUACAGUGUUGAGAGAAAAGAGAGCGCGGCCAUAUAAACAGACAACGCCCAUUCUGGUUAGAAUUCGUGCUGAGUGGGACACACGAUUUCUAAGAAACUCAUUGUUCCCGAUAAGCGAAAUCACCUUUACAACCCCUCCCCACAUUGCGCACACGGCUCGGUUUGGUUUCUGUUUAAUUUCUCGGGAUAAUGGAAUUGGCCCCUUCUGUACAUAGGGUGCCUGCUGCAGCAGACCAGACGGUGAGACCGGCAGAAGGAGAGAGAGGGAGGGAGGGGUUGAAAGAUAGGAUUUGGGAUGGCUCUCGAGAAGUCUCCCUUCUAUUUUUUUACUGUUAGCUUUAAAACCGGGACAGACCACGACAUAGAUCCAAGCCACAAAUUCAUAGACAGUCCUAGCUGAUAACGCAGUUGCCUAAACAAAACAUUUUGGCUUGACCAAGCUCCCCUGUUGCCAUAUCAAAAGUAUUGUCAUUUUCACAAUGCUGUCAUCCUGCUCCACAGCACUGGAUGUAUGUGUAAAUUGUGUUCAUAUACUGAUUUCGAUUUGAGUCCCUUAUUUUUGUAUUUCAGUUUAGUGGAUUUAACCCUGAUCUCUCUUUUUUUUGAUUCAAAUAAAU